AUGGAAUAGGAAAGCAAUAACAAAAAUAAUAAUAACCACAUUGAAGAUGAGGAUAAUGAAAAGCCUGACCAUUCAGAGCUAGAAUAAUCAUCAACAAUUUAGAAAAAGUAAAGAUUGAUGCCAAAAAGAGGUGAAUAUAGAAUGCGUGCACAUAUUAACCCUUUAAAUGAUACUCCAUUCCCUUAUCCUUUAAAUCCUGAUUAUGUAAACUGGAAAAUUCACUAUCCUAAGUUCUUUGAUGGAACAGAUGAAGAAAAUUAGAAAGUAUUUUGCAACACAAAUGAACAUCCCUAAACUUAUGAUGAGGAAGUUAAUUCUCUUUAUAAUGGCUUGUAAGGAGCUUAGCCAGUUUUUCUAGAUAUUGGAUGUGGUUUUGGUGGAUUAGUUUUCAAUUUAGCCAAAAAUUUCCCUGAAAAGCUCGUUUUGGGUCUUGAAAUUAGAGACAAAUUAGUCAAUUACGUUUCUGAAAAAAUCAAGGCUCUUCGUAUUGAAAGUCCUGACCACAAAUACAAUAAUGCUGCUUGUAUCAGAACAAAUGCUAUGAGACAUAUUAUAUAGUAUUUCAGAAAGGGCACUAUUGAAAAAAUGUUCUUCUGCUUCGCCGAUCCCCAUUUUAAGAAGUCUAACCACAGAAGAAGAAUCAUUAACACAGGUUUCCUUUCUGAAUAUGCUUUCUUACUCAAGCCCAAAGGUAGAAUUUAUUGUAUCACUGAUGUAGAAGAUCUACAUAAUUGGUAAGAAGAGCAUCUUGCUAAACACAGAAUGUUUAGAAAGUUAUCUGAAGAAGAGCUUGUAGGAGAUAUAUGUGUAUAAUUAAUUUAAGAUUCCACUGAAGAAGGAUAAAAAGUUACUCGUAAUGGAGGCAAAAAGUGGACCUGUGUUUUUGAAAGAGUUUGA